AUGUUAGCUGAGCCUUUUGCUGAUGAUUACAGGAUGGUUAGCUUGCAACAUUUGUUGAAGUUUGAUUGUUGUUUCUCUAAUUCUUGUGUUGGUGGAAAGCUUUGGUUACUCUGGAAAGAAGAAUUGCAUUUAUCGAUUAUUAGUCAUAGUGCCCAACAUGUGACUGUUUCUAUGAGCAUGGAUUCUCGGCAAGUUAUUAUUUUUGUGGUGUAUGCUAAAUGUAACCAUGUUGAACGACGGGAGCUUUGGAGGUUGUUACAACUUGAUGCGGUCCAAGAUGCACCUUGGUUAUGCUUAGGUGAUUUUAAUAUUAUUCGUGAGGAGGAGGAACAUCGUGGUGGUAGACCGAGAUUGCGGGUUGAUAUAGAUGAAUUUAAUGAUUUUAUUGACAAUGGUGGUUUCGUUGACAUGAAAGCUGUGGGGAGUAAGUUCUCAUGGUGUAAUGGUCAGAGGGGUCUUGCACGGAGUUGGUCGAAAUUAGAUAGAUGUUUAAUGAAUGUUGUGGUUGCAGGUGUUUUUCCGGACGCCUUAUGCAAAUAUAUGGCGCGGACAACUUCAGAUCAUGCACCUUUGUCGUUUGUGUUUAAGAAUGUGGGGAAUCACUAUGGUCCUUCCCCUUUCAAAUUUCAGCAAAUGUGGGUGUCUCAUAGUAAUUUUUGGAAGGUGGUUAAUGAUACUUGGAGUACUUCGAUUAAUACUAUGGGUCUUCAGGGUCUUACUACCAAGUUAAAAAAAGUGAAAAUAGUCUUAAAGGAUUGGAAUCGUCGUGUUUUUGGACAUACGGAGACGAAGAUCCAGGAAUUUGAGAAUAAAAUUGAACAGUUAGAUAGCCAACUGCAGGAGGGUUUCUCAGAAGACACAGAGCAAGCUUUAUUGGAAGCUAAGGAAGAACUUGCAGUUUGGAUGAAAAGAGAAGAAACAAGGCUUUCACAGCAGGCACGUACUCCUAGAGAUCUUCUUGAUUUGUCAGAUUUGGUGCAACAUUCUAUUUUGGAGGAGGAAAAUGCUAACCUCCUUCAGCUCCUUCAAUCCAAGAGGUUAAAGAGGCUAUGUUUUCCAUUCUUGUGGAUAGUAGCCCGGGUCCAGAUGGCUUUGGUUCUGAGGCCUACUGGUUUUGAUAAGUUCCCCCCCAUCAGUUUAUGUCCAAUGGUGUAUAAAGCUUUUUCCAAGAUUUUGAUUCGAAGAUUAUCGCCUAUCCUUAACAGAAUCAUCUCUUCAGAACAAGGUGCUUUUCUUCUUGGGCGAAGUAUAUUUGAAAAUAUUUCUUUGGCCCAAGAAAUGAUACACAUGAUUAAUAAGAAGGUUAGGGGUGGUAAUAUUGUUAUUAAAGUGGACAUGGCUAAGGCCUAUGACAGCAUAGACUGGGAUUUUUUAAUCCAUGUUAUGGCUUCAUUUGGUUUUUCUGGGAGGUUCUGCAGUUUGAUCAGAAGUUGUAUAUCGACUCCUUGGUUCUCGGUGGUUAUGAAUGGGUCGGCUAAAGGAUUUUUCUCCAGUGGGCGAGGUUUGCGCCAAGGUGAUCCUCUCUCACCAUACAUGUUCAUUCUCGUUGAGGAAGUGCUUUCUAGGCUUUUAAAGCAUAAGAUGCUACGUGUGGAGGAGAUCGGAAAAAAUGGAAAUGGGUAUUCUGGUUUCAGGAAGAAGAAGACUAAAGGCAGUAUACGGGUUGAAGUGGAAGCUUCGGACUUGUGUUAUGUCUUUAAGCUGGAACUCUAA